AUCAUUACCAAAAAUCAGGGACAUUUUGUUCAGGCGGUAUUUUUUGACAGCGGUCUCAUUUAGGCGUUACUGCGCAUGCGUCGGAAUAUCAGCUCACCCAAAACAAAAUGGCGGAGGGAAGACAGAGAUCAAGAAGAAUUGAUUAUAAAGCACUGAAUAAUGUUUCAUCUGCCGAUUUUAAUUUCGAUUUUCAAAGAAAACGAAAGUAUAAAAGUGGAUCAAAGGUAUAUGAUGUGGAAAGGAUAAUAAGUCAGCGAAUUACCUCCAGAAACGGGGAUAAAGAGUACCUAGUGAAGUGGAAAAAUUGGCCGAUUUGGACUAGUACUUGGGAGCCAGCGAAUCAUUUAACAGAAGCUUUGAUUAGAUCUUACCUAUUCCCUGUAAUAACACCUGAAAGACUAGAAAAUGCAUCAGCUUUGUUUUUGGAGGGGAUUACAAGCAUCUUGAAAUCCAAGGCAGUAAAAGCUGUACAUAGCACCGAAAUCCGUAUUGAUCAUGACAUAGUAAGAUACAUAUUUAAGGGCUGUGGUAAAUUAGCUGCUGACAAGAAGUCUAUGUUUUAUGAGAAAUCUGAUUUCAAAAGAUUUGGCCUUCCAGUGUAUUGGUAUUACUUCCUGGAUGAACAUGGACAAGGAAUUACAGUGGAUUUCCCCAUCAAAAUCAAAACUGUCCUUUCAUACACAAAAGCUUACUACAUAGUGUCAUGUGGGAAAUUAGAAAAGAGCCCAACAUCUCCUGUAGAAAAAAUAGUUAUAACUUUAAAUAGGAAAGCUUGUGAUCAGCACAAUUUGUUUGUUUGAUUUUUUUUAUAAUAUAUUUUUUUAUCAUUCAUAGGAUUUAAUAAUAUAUGACUCAAUAGAAUAAUAUAUGUAUAUACAAAGAAAUUGUUAUAACAUCACCAAGGAAAUGUUGAAUAGUUUUAAAAUUAUUUACAUGACAA